ACGCGUUCUUUGCCUCUCUCACACUUAGCCACUGUCCAGAGCUUCUCUCAUCGAACUCCUGCUCUUCCCUCACUCCCUCACUUCCGUCCAACCACCGCCUGCUACCGUCGCCGUCGCAACUUCCAACUUUGAACAGCCACCGCUUGCUCCCUCACUUCCCUUCCUUCGUGCAGCAAACAUUGCAAACUUCCUUCCCUCCAUCGCGCAGCCACCGUUCGAUCGUCGAAGCCUCCAUCGCGCAGCCACUGUCCCGCCGCGCCAGCUCUGUUCCACCGCGCUCCUGUCCCUUCAGCGGCGUCUGCUCUGUUCCAUCGCGCGGCCCUUUCCUCGAAGAUUAUUCCCUGGAAUUUCCCUCUUCUCAUGUUUGCUUGGAAUUGUAAUUGUUGUUUUGUAAUUGCUGGUUGCUGGUUGCUGUCAUGUACCACCAUUCUGUUUCUGGUCAACCAUUUCCGUUGCAUUUCAAAGCUCCAGCUCCCUCUCCCUGUUCUGUUCGAAUUUCAGAACAUGCUCCAGCCUAAGAUCCCCAACAACCGUCGCAAAAUGACUCGCCAAGGAGCUUAUAAAGAAAGCGAUGACAUGCUCAUUGAUGAACCAAAACUGCCUCAGCAAGGCCAAAUCGCGGCCCUUCCUAAUGAGUUCAACCCCAGUUAUCUGAAAAUAUAUUACAGUAAGCUGUUUCCUCAUGCUGAUUUAUAUAGAUGGAUGUCAUACGGCAACGAUGGGAAGCAUCCUGCUUGUGAUUCAUCUUACUUGGGACGAAGGGAAUUCUCGUACACCCUAGAUAACGAUAUAUUUGUGCGCUACAAUACCUUCAAUAGUGCCACCGAACUUGAAAACUCCAUCAAAGACAAGUGCCCGUUAAAGAUAGAUAUUGGACCCAUCUACAACCUCAACCCUGCACAUAGGAAUGCUUAUGCUGGAGAUAAUGUUCUCACUCCGGUUGAGAGGGAGCUGAUUUUUGAUAUAGAUAUGUCAGAUUAUGAUGAUGUUAGAUACUGCUGCUCAGGUGCUGAUGUUUGUCUCAAUUGCUGGCCAUUAAUGACUGUAGCUGUCAAAGUAAUAGAUACUUCCUUAAGAGAUGACUUUGGGUUUAGACAUAUUCUCUGGGUAUAUAGUGGUCGGCGUGGUGUACAUUGUUGGGUCUGUGAUAGAAAGGCAAGACGGUUGUCUAAUGAGCAGAGAGCAGCAGUUGCGGACUAUUUUCGUGUCUACAAGGGAAAUGAAAAUAACUAUAAGAAGGUUUCCUUGAUGGGUCAAGUUCUGCAUCCCUUUCUGGCGAGAUCAUAUACUGAAGUUCUCAAGGAAUAUUUUGAGACAAAACUGCUUACAAGUCAAAAUUUACUUUCUAGCGAGGAGAGAUAUGAAAAGAUCCUAGAGAUGAUUCCUGAUCAAUCUAUUGCUUCUGAACUUCGAGGAAAGUGGCAAGAAAGUAGGCGGUCUUCUAGUGCAAAAGAAGACAUUAAUAUUGUUCGAUGGGAGCAGCUUAAACAGUUGCUGCAAAAACAUAAGGCACAAGGGGUGCGUAGGUGUGUUGAAGAGAUUGUGUUCACCUAUACAUAUCCUAGGCUUGAUAUGGAGGUUUCUAAACAUAUGAACCAUUUGCUCAAAGCACCCUUCUGUGUGCACCCAAAAACAGGCCGUGUUUGUGUCCCCAUCAACCCAAAUAAUUGUGAAGAAUUUGAUCCCACGACGGUGCCAACCCUUAUCCAGCUUUUGGAAGAGCUGAAUAGGGAGGGCUUGAGGUCUGAUGUUGAAGGAGGUUUGUUUGAUACUCUGACAAUACUUAGGUUUCUUUCUGAAUGGAAUAAAACUUCACUUGCAAAUGCCAUCAAGCUCUUUAGGUCAUCCUUCCUUCAGCCAUUACUGAAAAUUUGCAAGGAGGAAAUGGAAAGCUCCUAUAAUGCGAAACUACAGCAGUCGAAGAAUCUCCUUAGUUGGUAGUCUCACUUCCAUGAUUGGCCAUGUUCCUUUUGGAAGCCCAUUUGAAUUUAAAUGGGGGUCAAGUCAUUCUUGAGAACAUGUAAGCUAUAACACAAGCAUUGAUAAAUUAUGUAUAGUCGUUGAAUUUCGAUAUUAUUAUUUUAGGCUUCAUCGGAUAGGAGUUAGUAUGGGAUUGUAUUUGGAUGCUUCAUCAUAAGGACGUAUGAAAGGGAAGGGAGAUUCUGGGUUUCAGGUCUAUGUAAUGUAAUGCAUAACUCAAUUACAAGUUAUAACAUAGAUGCGUGCAUGAGAUACUAGUUCCAUUUACAAGUUAUAACUUAUAACACAGAUGCUUACAUGAA